AUGUACGCCAUCACCAAAUAUUGCAACUUCAGUAUAAUGUCCUCCCAGGCGCUUCAAGACAAUAACGAUACCCACGAUGAUUAUGACUUGCGCUUGGGCUUUAAGUUAGUAUUUAUCCCUUUUUCCAAUGACAGCGCCCAAGACUCCAGUGGCGUUAGUAAUGACAACGGUGGUGAAGACAAUUUUGAUUCCAAGGACUUUGAUAAGGCAUUGAGCCAGUUCUUCGAUUUCAACGAUCUCGGAUUCAACAUGGUUACCUGGAUGAAAGAACAGGGCGACAUUGAUGUCCAUUUCGGGUUCGAUGCGAACAUGGGAUACUUUCUCAUUGUCUACGAUAUGCGUCUCGCGGCCUAUAUUCCCGACGGGACUGAAUUCGACGAUGUCCGAUAUGCCGUAUCAGCAGACGGUACUGGGGCCUAUUUCACGGCUUAUACUGGGACUCAUAGACAGGGACGACGUGUCGGUGUUGAGACGAUGAGGAAGCUCUGGAAGGCUUAUGGAGUCUACGAGGAAGGCAACCGUGGGUUGGCAAUGGCUAGUCUGCCUGACCUCGAAAAUCCGCAUGGGGUUGAAGAUCAUAUGGAAUAA